UCUUGCUUCCAGCCUACUUCAUCAGAUCAUCAUCAAGCUUCUCUCGACAACGGCUAAUCUCGAUUGGAUAGACUCAACGCCAGUCCCCGGGCGAAUCCAUAUUCCUCAGCCGCCGAAGGCUCUUCUGCUGCUUCUAAAGACCCGUUGAACCCCUCCGUUGCUGAAUCCACUCAAGAUCCUUCUCUCGCAAAACCCUCAAUCCUACAGAGGAUCUUGAGUAAGGGCAAGAAGGCCAGGGGCAAGGUGAAGAAGACAAAGACAAAGGCAUCCCGACGAAGGCAACCAAUCGACCGGUAAAGAGAGCAAAGAGUGCGGUAGAGCCCAAGAUUCUCGCCGUUUGAUGCAGCGGUCGACUGAAUUGCGAAUUCACGGCGUACGCCCACGCCGACGAGGUCGAUAUUGCCCCUCACCCCGUUUUGGGACGAACAUGGCACACCAGUUCGUCUUCACUCAUCAGGGCAAGGGUAAGGGCAGAGCUGUUGCCUCCCCCUCUCCUAUACAGGUCUUGUCGGAACGUCCUUCCGUGGGGAAGAGGAAAUCGGACGAAUUCAAGGAAGUCGAUCUCAACCUCUUCAAUCCGUCUUGUCCCGGUCCGUCUUGUCCGACUAGAGGCCGGAUUCUCGAUUUUGCCACCAUCGAUGAGGAGGAGGAAGAUGUCAUUCAGUCUAGUCCCACCAUCCCCCGCUCGACUAGAGGCAGGGUUCUUGAUGUUGCCACCAUCAACGAGGAAGAUGUCGUCCAGUCAAGUCCCAGCUCUGCCCGCAGGUCAUACCGCUCGACUAGGGGCCGAGUCCUCGAUGUUGCCGUCUCGUCCUGGACCGUUUUGACCCAUGAAGGGUCGAAUCCUCGUUCAGCGAAUCGGCUACUGCCUCGUCGUCAUGUUCCGAUGAGCGAUCCCGGGCAGUCUCCUCUUGUUCUUUUCCAAGUGCAUUUCCAACCAAUAUGAGGGUGGGCUGGCUGUACGACGAAAAGGAAGAUUCCACAACGUUUUUGUGCCCAGGUCACAAUUAGCGACCUUGAUCGACU